AAUCAUUUAAUUAUUUUUAAUAUUUGGUUGAAGUAUUAAGAAACUUAUAAAUAGCAAUUUUGACUAUUACACUUAAACCUUUGUCAUUAUAUUCUGCUUGCUAUUCGUCGUUUUUACUUUGGAAUAUUUCCAUAUUCUUCCAUUAUUUUAACAGGAACUGUUUUUAUUUAAUUUUUAAUUUUUAAUUUUUGUUAAUUUGUAUUAACCAUGGUUAGUUCCGUUGUUUCUAACCCGAAUGAACGCCUUGUUAAUAACAGGGUCGAGAAUGAUUUGGAGUCGUCUGAUGAUACUUUAUCUACUCAGGCCAAGCCUGUUUCUCGUUUAUUGACUAGGAAACUCCUUUUGGGUGUUGUCGUUUUAUUCUUUUUGGCUGGCGUUUCCGUCGUUUCUUACUUUCUCUUUAGUAAAUACAAGAUGUUAAAUAAGUUUAAGAGGGAGUUGGAUGACCACUUGACUAAGGAUUUUCCGAACCUAGAAAGGUCUAAACGUGACACUUGUUUCGACGAGUUGACUAGACUCUUUGGUGACGGUUUCCUAUCUGACGAUCCUAAACUUGAAUACGAGGUUUACCGUGAAUUUGAAGAAUUUAACUCCAAAUACAACAGACGUCAUGCCACUCAGCAGGAGCGUCUCAACAGACUCGUCACUUUCCGCUCUAACUAUCUCGAGGUUAAAGAACAAAAGGGUGAUGAACCAUAUGUCAAGGGUAUCAACAGAUUCAGUGACCUCACUGAAAGAGAAUUCUACAAAAUGUUCCCGGUUAACGAAUUUUCUUAUUCCGAUUUACCUUACAAGGAUCAUAUAUUAGAUAACGUUUCUAAUCCUACAUAUUUAAAAAAUUUAAAGAAGGCUCUAAAUACAGUUGAGGACGUUGACCCUAGAAAUCUAACGGGAGAAAAUCUUGAUUGGAGAAGGGCUGACGGAGUUACUAAAGUCAAGGACCAAGUUAUGGACGAAUGUUAUUCAUGCUGGGCAUUUUCUACUGUGGCCUCAGUUGAAAGUUUAUAUAGAAUUUACAGGGAUGAAACUGUUGAUUUGAGUGAGCAGGAGUUGGUCGAUUGUGACAAAUUAAGCGGUGGUUGUUUCACAGGUUCACCUUUUACUGCUAUGGAAUACGUCUGCUCCAAAGGCUUAUCAUCCUCGAGAGAUGUUCCAUAUAGAGCUAAAGUUGGAAAGUGCAGUUAUGGAAAAUAUAAAAAGAAAUUUGUAAAUACAUACUUUGUAGCAAGUGGACUGGAUAUUUUAAAUAAAUCACUUGUGGUUUCACCAACAGUUGUUCCAAUUAAUUUAUCACGUGAAUUUUUAACAUACCAAAGUGGUGUUUAUAAUGGAAGCUGUGGACACUACCCAAAUCAUGUAGUCGUGUUGGUAGGUGAAGGAUUCGAUGAAAAAACAGGUCUUAGGUACUGGGUUCUCAAGAACUCUUGGGGUCCAGAUUGGGGAGAAAACGGCUUCCUGAGAUUGGCGCGUCCUAAGGGCAUGGAUAACAAGUGUGGAGUACUGUCAGUGGGUUUAACGCCAGUGUUAUACUCAUCCUAGAAUAAUUGUACUAUACUUGUCUAUAA